AUAGUAUUCGCGUCGCGUUCGGCACGGUGCAUUGAUGGCCAGUGGUUGUCGGCGCAACGGCCUUGGGUGAAGUGUUGACUUAAGAUAUAAACCGGAGGUCAACACCACCAAGAUUAACUCGACAGUCUUUUUUUCAGCGUGCUUUCUUCUUUUUAUUCUAUUACAACUAAAUCAUUUAUAUCACUUUUGAGUAUUUGGCUUCUCUCGUUUGAGCCUUGUUAUACCAUACCACCACUAUCAUCAACACCAUCUUUGGUCAACUCACUACAUACCCUCUCUACAACACUACUCUCUCGACUUCAAUCUUUUAUAAUCAUCAUGUCCGACAUCAUCGCCUGGCUAGUCCCCACAGCGCGUAACUCUCUAGCUGACAAAACAACGCAUCUGCCCUCCAACAUCCCCCGCGCCGUGCAAACAACCUCAUCCCCAACUCUGCUCUCUCGCCUCCCAAACCUCCUGGGCAGCCGUCCCUCUCGGGCCAUCAAACUCUCUUUCAACAAAACCCCCAAACGCCCUGGGUCUUUCGUUCUCGGUUCCGAUCCUUCAACAUGCGAUAUUGUGCUUCCUUCGCUGCCAGGUAUUGACGCACGACACUGCGAGCUGAGCUUUGAUGCGGAAGGCCGUCUUGUUCUUAAUGAUUUUUCUGAAAUGGGAACACAAGUUUGGUAUGAUUGGGAGAGUAACGGUGAUCAGACGGAUUAUACCUGGAUUCUGAGCUCGGGUGCUGAGGCUGGGUUUCCCAGUAUGGUGCAGCGCAUCACGGUUGAUAUUCAGGGUGUGAGAUUUCAGGUUGUUGUGAAUGAUCACUCUGAUGAUUGGGAUGCAUAUCACGACAAAGUUGAGGAUUUCGUCCGACAGCCUUCGUGGGCGCAUGGUCUUUCUCCAGGUUGGGAUCGGGGAUCAAUCUCUCCCGUUGCGCCGCUGUUCUCCAACGUGCCUCUCUUUCAACACAUUCUUGUCAAGGCUCUGGGCGAAGAGCCCGUCGGAGAAGUAUAUCUCUGGAAUUUGGCUCGACCAUGGGAACCUAUGGUCAAGGCUGCUGCAUGAGCAGUCUUUAUGUAUCACGUAUUCGGCGUUAAGGAUUGGUCGUUUUUGUAUAUAAGUACUGGGCAGGAUCCUUUGUAACGACAAAGGCAGCGAUCUUUUAGCAUUAGCGCAAACUUUUUGGUAACAGUGUUCAUCAUUAAAUCGAGGUAUCACACAACUCCUGGCUCCCUAUAGUCCCAUGCUUUUCUCUUCUUAUAGAUCCUCGGGCAGCGCCAACACCUCGCGCUUCUCUG